GUUCGAUCAAAAGCAUUUUCAUUUGUGAACUUGUUAAAUCUACAAUAAUGGCACAGGUAGUCAUCACGUCCCAACCAACAUCAGGAUUGGUAGCACCAGUUGAUGGAAACAGAGAGUGGUCGAGUGGUCUAUUUUCAUGUUGUAGUGACUGCAAAGCGCUUCUCUGCACUUGCUGCUGUUUACCUUGUUUGCUGUGCUCGCUGUCUGGUAAAAUUCACGAGUGUUCUCUUAUGCCUUUCUGUGUUCCUGGUGGUCUAAUAGCCAUGAGAGCAAGAUUGAGAACAUUGGGUGGUAUCCAGGGUUCGAUCUUUAAGGAUUGCUUGGCUGUGACAUUUUGUGAACCGUGUGCUAUUUGUCAAAUGUCGAGAGAGAUGGAUUCCAUGGGGCUUUAAUAUAUUAUUUAUAUUUUUGGCAAUAUAGUUUUAUAAAUUAUUGUUUAAUGUGAAUAUUUUUCGAUUUUUAUAUUAACCAUUACAUAUUUUUUGUACAAGCCCUUGAUUGUCCACAUUGGAUACGGACACCAGUAAUUACAUUUCCACACCAUUGCACAAUUUAAAAAAACUGAAAGCUACAGCGCAUGUCAUCUUUUUGUUUUGCUAUAAAAUGAUUCAUGUACUGAUAUUGUAAAUAAUAUGUAGAGAUUAGUGUUCUGAAAUGAACUAACAAACACGAAUUAAAUAUUAUUGUACCAAUAAAGAAACAUCAAGCAUC